UUCGCUUCGAGACUGGGAACAUUCGUCAUAUUUGUUGACCCCUGCUGUCCUCAGCUCGAGACGCCUGCAGGCUCGUAGAUUGUGACUGCACAACACUUUGCUGAAAGGAGUGAGCCUUGUGCCGUCGCAGAACCAUUAGCAAAGUUGCUGCAUACACAAGCUUGCCGCUACCCACCUACCCACUCCCCCCGCAUGAAGUGCUCGACGUAACGCUUUACUCAAGCCCGAGUAGUUUCGAAAGUCUAUACUGCCGAUUUUCCCGGAAAACUGGGGAGAUACCUGCUGCCAAAAUGUCGGACCACAAUGGAGAAAGUCACAAGCGCAGUAAAUCGACUCUCCAUAAACUGCGACGGAAGGAAGGCAAGGACGACGAUAAGGAGAGCAAUUCAGAGGAAGGAUCGAUGACUUCAUUGCCCCUUGGGGCAGCUUCCCCAGCCUCAGUCGCCCAUCAUGCCUCUCGCGGCCACGCUUCAAAACCAUCGACAGGUACCGCAGGGCUGAUGAGAUCUACUUCGAAUCUGCAAGCUCCGAGAAUCAUGCCAGCCCAACCGCCCCUUCAAGAGAAGACGGUGUCCAUCGAGCAAUCGGUCAAGAAGUUCCGUAUCUUCGAGGCGCUUCGAAAUGGAGACACUGCGUCAAUAUCAAAAGCGAUAAGGGAGACGGAUGGCAGUCGUAUAAGCACAUCUAGCGCAGGGGGGGCAGGAUCUUCGGGACUGGACGACACAACCAUAUUGCAUCUUGCUAUACAGUGCGCCGAGCUCCCUGUGAUCGAAUACGUGCUUUCAGACGGUGCAGGGUCGAUCGAUGUCAAUGCGCGAGAUAAGGAUGGGAACACGGCGUUGCAUGUUGCAGCUCAACAGGGUCGAGGGCAGGUUGUGCGAUUGUUGUUGGAUCAGCCUGGCAUCAAUGAUUCUAUCGCGAAUUACCAAGGCCGCCUGCCCCUCGACCUCGCGCGAACCCCAGAUAUCUUCCAGCAACUACAAUUAUCGCGGUCUAUAUUUGUCGAUGGAAAGAUCAGGCAGGUACAGGCGCUGGUUGCCCAAGGGGAUUACAAGACCUUGGGUGCAGUUCUGGAAGAGCCGCGGGUGAAGAUGGUAUUGGACAUCAAUGGGGGGGAAUUUGCUUCGGACAUCAACACCAUUCAGUCUGGAGGCACCUUGUUACAUGAAGCAGCGAGACGGAAAAAUACCGCCUUGAUUCAGGUCUUGCUUCUCCAUGGAGCUGACCCUUUUCGCCGAGAUCGAAAAGGAAAAUUGCCUCAGGAUGUUACCAAAGACGACACCACGAGAGCUAUGCUCAAGCGAUCUCCAGCUGCAGUGGCUGCACAGCGUGGAAUUCAAGAAAAGGCUGUCCUUGGUAAUGCAUCUCAGCAAGGAGCGGUCAAUGCUGCCCCAGGUGAUGCACUUGCAGGGAAAGAAGGUCGUGAGAUGAAGGGCUAUCUGAAAAAGUGGACGAACUACCGGAAGGGUUAUCAGUUGCGAUGGUUUGUCCUAGAAGACGGAGUCAUGAGUUACUACAAGCACCAAGAUGAUGCUGGGUCCGCUUGCCGUGGUGCCAUCAACAUGAAAAUAGCCAAACUUAACAUGGACCCAACCGAGAAGACGAAGUUCGAGAUCAUCGGAAAGUCAUCGGUCAAAUACCAUCUCAAGGCUAACCAUGAAGUUGAAGCAAAGAGAUGGUUUUGGGCGCUCAACAACUCCAUACAGUGGACCAAGGACCAAGCAAAGGAAGAGGACAGACAGAGGCAAAAGAGCGCAGAAAUGCUACGGCAAGCAAAGGCCGAACACUCUACCUCUGGUUUGACGCGAGACACAUCCAUGGCAGACCUCACUAGCGAUGCAACAAGUGUCGCAGAUACUCGACGAAGCAGCUUCCAAACCACCUCCCGGUUAGUCCCACAGCCAAGUACCGGAAAGCAUAGCGGCCACAAAGUUGCAUUUGCCAGUGGAAGCGUGGGGGACGAUGAGGAAGGCACAGCCUAUGGAUCCUACGAGCCCAGCUUCAUGGGAGAUCCAGGCAAGACGCCGAGCAAUAAUGGACCGCCCAUAGGCACUGAUGGGGACGAUGACGACGAAGAGUAUGGCGAGGGCUCUAGUGAUCCUGAAGCGCCAGCCACGAAAGAUGCAUUCGAAAUCACAGCACAGUCAGCGACGUUGCAACUCGAUAUGAUGGGGCAAGUGAAUGCUGCCCUGCAGUCCGAGCAAGUCAAGAAUCCAACUCUUUCCAUAUCGGACUCCAUCGCCAUACAAGCAGUCCAGACCUACGACUCUUCGAUACGCAACCUGAAAGGUCUUGUUGGAGAUCUCCUCAAGAUAUCAAAGGACAGAGACGCGUACUGGCAAUACCGCCUUGACCGAGAGGCUGAUAUGAGGCGAAUGUGGGAAGAUAGCAUGGCGCAGGUGGCACGGGAGCAAGAGGUUCUGGAGCAAAAAGUCGGUGAAUCAGAAGAGAAGAGGAAGUUGACUAAGCGAGCUCUUCGCGAAGUCAUCGAGGGAAGCACAAUCAUCAGCAGUCGUCCAGAAAGUGCGGGGGAGCCCUCAAAGACCCAGGAAUUUGUAGAUGCUCUUGAGAAAGUCUCUCUCAAUCACGAUGGCACCGCACUGAGACGGAAAUCCACAGCUGCAAGCUCUCUUCGCAGGAAGUCGAUCCUUCUAGAAGUGGGCAACCUCUCCGAGACAGAGUCGGACGACGAUGAAGAAUUCUUUGAUGCUGUGGAUGCAGGAGAAGUAGCCGUUGCUCCUAAGCUGCUUCCGCCAAGUUACGAGGGUAAGAGUAUCAAAAAGGAGAAAGAGAAAGUCGCCGAGAUUGAAGGCAUGGAUCUCAGUCCUUCAUUCAAAGGCUACGAGACUGGAAUUCGUAAGAAGCUCAAGAUGGAUGCAGAUGACAGACCUAAGAUCUCCUUAUGGAGCAUUCUCAAGUCUAUGAUCGGCAAGGACAUGACGAAGAUGACACUUCCGGUCUCUUUCAACGAACCUACCUCCUUGCUCCAGCGAUGUGCCGAAGAUAUGGAAUAUGCAGACCUCCUUGAGGUUGCGGCUGAUAGGACAGACUCCACUGAGCGAAUGAUCUAUGUGGCUGCCUUUGCUGCAAGUGAGUACGCUUCGACUAUUGGUCGAGUUGCGAAGCCUUUCAAUCCUCUACUUGGAGAAACGUUCGAGUAUGUACGGCCAGACAAGAACUACCGCUUCUUCAUUGAACAAGUCAGUCAUCAUCCUCCGAUUGGCGCUGCAUGGGCAGAGUCGCCGAGAUGGACGUAUUAUGGAGAGUCUGCAGUCAAGUCAAAGUUCUACGGCAAAUCUUUCGAUAUAAAUCCUCUCGGUACCUGGUUCCUCAAGCUCCGGCCGAACAGCGGUAAGGAAGAGCUGUAUACUUGGAAAAAAGUUACAUCUUCAGUCAUUGGCAUCAUCACUGGCUCACCAACAGUUGACAACUACGGACCGAUGGAAGUCAAGAAUUGGACAACUGGUGAAACCUGUCUCAUCGAAUUCAAACCUCGCGGCUGGAAGGCAUCCAGCGCAUACCAGAUCACUGGCCGGGUGAACGACGCAGAUGGCCAAACACGCUUCAGUAUCGGCGGCCGCUGGAACAAUCGAAUCUAUGCCCGCCUGACUCCCGGCUAUGAAGCCACGCCCGAAGAGCCCAAAGUCGGCCAAGUAAUGCACCACCGCGGCAGCGUCAGCGAGCCCAACCAAGCCUUUCUGGUGUGGGAAGCCAAUGCCCGCCCAACCGGCAUCCCCUUCAACCUGACCCCCUUCGUCGUGACCCUCAACGACAUCAACGAGCAGCUAGAACCCUGGCUUCCACCCACAGACACGAGAUUGCGACCCGACCAACGAGCAAUGGAGGACGGCAGAUAUGAUUUUGCGGCCACGGAGAAGAAUCGCGUGGAGGAGAGGCAGCGGGCGAAGAGGAGGGAGAGGGAGCAGAAGGGGGAGGAAUUCGUGCCGGUUUGGUUUAGUAAAGCGAGGUGUCCGGUCACGGGGGAGAUGUUCUGGCAAUUUAAUGGGAGGUAUUGGGCUGAGCGGGAGAGGGCGAGGGAGGAGAGGGCGUGGACUGGGGUGGAGGAUAUUUUUGGGAUAAAUGAUCAGAUGGUUAGGAGGGAGACGUGGAGGUGAGGUGCGGGGAGGGGGUGUAUGUGAGAUGUGGUAGAUGAAAGAAAUAAGAGAGAAGGAAGAGUAUAAUAGUAUGACUGUAGUUAAUUGUUCAGCAAGUGUGAGCAAAUAGGUAUAUCAAACAUCGAGGGCAGUGAAUGAGAUUUCAUUCCACUAAACAUUUCCUGAGUUUUAUUAAAUAUUAUGAACCACAAGUCAAAAAUGAUUUCAGCCAUCACUUUCCAUCCUUUAUAUCUCGUGUAUGCCCUGUUACGAUUACCACAUUCCUUCCUUCCAGACCUA